CACCAUGUGAAAUUGCAAGGACACAAAACAGAUGAACAUACACCAACGACAAUAAUAUUGCCAUAUGAUUUCAUGCCCAUUUGGUGAACCACCCUUGUAAGGAAACCCAUCAAGCUCAACCCCCAGCCAACCACCUUAAUUAAGACCCUGAAGUAAAUCCCUUGGCCUCCAGGCUCUUAGCAUUAUAUUAGUUCCAGCUCUCCUCCAUCCUCUGAAUCUGAAAUUAAUCAAGGCCAAUUUGCUUAGACCUCACCACAGAAAUGGCUCUUGUGGAAGACAAGCGCGCAGGUGCUGAGAUUGUGCAUGGAGCUCAAGAGUGCUACCAACAGUCCAUAGAUCUCUUGGAAGAGCUGGGAUUUCCCAAAGGUGUUCUUCCCCUGCAAGACCUGGUGGAGUGUGGAAGGGUGAAGGAAACUGGGUUUGUGUGGAUGAAGCAGAAGGCGCCAUACGAGCACUUCUUCGUUGGGUCGAACACGCGUGUGAGCUACGCGACUGAGGUGACUGCGUAUGUGGAGAAGGGCAGGAUGAAGAAGAUGACUGGGAUCAAGAGCAAGCAGGUGUUUCUUUGGGUGCCUAUUAGUGAGAUGACCAUGGAAGAGCCAGCAACCAAGAAGAUCACUUUCAAGACUCCGAUGGGGCUCGGAAGGACUUUUCCGGUCACGGCUUUCAUGACCGAGGAGGAGAAGCAGAAGUAUCUGGAGAAUAGUAAUGAGUAAACUUGGGAUGUCCAGCAUGUUAUAGAUGGUGGUUAAUCUCGACUUUGAGUAUUCGGAAUCCAAAUCGGCAGUCUAUGCAGACAUAAUGUGUUAGAUUUUCCUACUUGUAAUCUGAAUCCAUGAUUCUAUGAAUGUUAUUUUUGAGUU